CGAAAGAAAUUGAAAAUGUUGAGACAGCAACUGAAGCUCGUGGUACCGACCAUCUAUCCGCGAUGUUGCUACCAUUGGGGCAACUAUGAUGCGAGCUCUGGUGGAUGCUGUAGAAUGCAAACCAAAUGCACAAAUGUAACGGUAUGUGGACCCACUCGUCCAAUACCCAAUGUGUGUAGUACGAGAGUCGAUGCGGACGUGGUGCUGGCCGAAGCAUAUCCCAAACAGUUGAUGGAGAUCUUGAGCAGGGCUCAGGAUGUCGAUGAGUGCGAUUUAUACAAGCACGACGUGUGCUUUUAUCGGCCAUCGGAUAAGAAUCGUCGCUACCAACGAACCUGGUGUGAGUGUCCACGCAUUUGGUUAAGACCCAAACCAACCUGUUGCUUUGAUAAGGAAUACUGUCUGCCGAUUGAGCGACGGCAAAGACCACCACCCAAGCCGGAACUAUCUGAGGCUGAGGUUUAUGCCUUCCAAAUGGCUCAAUUGUGCAAGUACACCAGUCGUUUGGGCAGUAAAACAAGUCUGAAAUGUCAGAUAGUUAACCCACCCCACCCUUGUCAGAAGACAAAGGCACCAUUUCCCAGCUUUUCCGAAUGCGAUCCGGAAUGCAUACCACAUUACUGUCCCACCGAAUGUGCCUGCAAGCUGAGGCCCAGUCUGUGCGAUAUGUGGAGGCUAUAUCAUCUCCAGGGCGGGGUUAUUAAGAAGUGCACAAAUGCAUUGAUCAACAAUUGUCCAUACAAAAAUCGAGCACGAACUUUGUUAUAAGUGCGAUAAAAGGAGCAAAGUUAUCGACCAUAUCGAUAUAUUUGCCAUGACAUAUAACAACGAAAUUCUGAAAAGUCAGUUUCGUUCUUGAAUCUGACCAGGAAUUUAGUGUCUACUAAUCAAAAUCCUAAAUUAAAC